AUUGUGUACACUCACAGUAUUCUGAAUGUACUGAAUUCCGACAACCUUAGCAAAUAACAAGAAUAAAAUGGACUUUUAGAAAUCUACUUCACGGUCUGUAGGAAACAUUUACUAUUAAAUGAAGCGGAAAAGACGGCAUUUAUUUUUCAGGCCGUGAAAGCAGCAGAAGUUCGAAAACCAUGGCGGCGGAGUGUUUGACAACACUAACAGAGCAGUGGAUACGUGAAAGAUUACAAUUAAAACAUCCACGUCUCGGCGAUGUCCGGACAUUGAGCCUUCCGGGGACAUAUGAGGAGAAGAUCAGACACCUGGGAAAUGGUCUGAAUAACUUUGUCCGUCUGAAGUCUCUGGAUCUCUCCUGCAAUGCACUCGUUUCAGUUGAGGGGGUGCAACAUUUAAAAAUGCUAGAGCGGCUGAUCCUUUAUUAUAACUGCAUACCUUCUCCUGAAGAAGUGAAAGUAUUAUUUGAGCUGCCAUCAUUGAAAGAGCUGGACCUCAGGCUCAACCCUCUGGCCAAAAAUUAUCCACAGUACCGCCCUUACUUGGUGCAUGCCAUGCCCAGCCUGCGUAUACUAGAUGGCUGUUCAGUCAGAAACACUGAGCGCAAAGAUGCCUUGUUGCAGUUCUCCUCUGAUCUUCUUCCUCAGCAGCUGAGCUCCUCUUUGAAUCUAGAUGAAGAUCGAAGAAGCAGUGAUCGCAGAUCAGCUUUAACUGACCGCUUAACCAAGAGUCUUUCUGUCCUGACCGACGCUCCUGAUAUUGUGCUGAACUUUGUUCCCACAAGUGAUGGAGAGCAAAGUGAAACUCUGUCUGACUCAUUUCACAAGGAGACCAAGGGUUCCAAAAAGAAAGCGUUGGAAGAUUUUACAGAACAGAGGAGUUCGACUCCCAAACAGGAAACCGCUAAAUCCAUCCUCAGGUACCCUCUCACUAAGAAUGAUAACGCUGAGUCCAAAGGGUCACAGAUGAAAGAACCGUCUCAUAAAAAAAGCUGUACCUCAUUAAAAGUACCUGAGAGGCCAAAAGUGUCCUUUGGCCCCUGCAUAGAGAAACACAGACAUGUUCCUGGAAAAGCAAAGCAAAAGGACUUUCCCAGACAAACCAGACAUGCAGCUAAAGGGCAUUUUACCCCAAAUCCAGAUCAAGGCCUCCGUCACAGUUCCUCAUUUAUUAACAUCCGGCCUCCCAGUCCACGACGUCCUGGUUUGAAUCUGUCUGACCGUUCUAACCCCAUCUUGCAUCCUCCACGACUAACCUACUCUAGCUUCAACAAAACAGAUGCGGGCUCCAGCCAGCCUGUGCAAGCUGAGAAGAAAAAAAAGGGUAGUUAUAGGAAACCCCUGGAGAUGCUCCUCAACCUCGUGGAUAAACACUGGACAGGGGAGAGAUCACUGCAUCAAAACAACAACUUCCUGUCUCAGGCAGUGCAGAUCCUCUCCAUGAUGGAAAGCGAUAUUUCCAGUCGGGAAGUUGAGGUCAAGACCUUACGACGGGAAACUGAUGCACUUCGCUUUCAAGCGGCAGCACAAGAGGAGGAGCACAAAACUGAAGUGCACAACCUCUCUGCUCAGCUGGAGGAAGCUCGGCGAGCGGUUGGUAAACUAAACGAGCAGCUGAGGAUUGUUUUGGAGGAAAACGUUGCCCUGCAGAAACAGCUCAUCAAGUUAGAACGCCAGUAUCUGAAGUCUAUGAUGAAAAGCUCACCUAUUACUCAGAUCAGAGAAGCUCAGGCUGAAGUGGAGGAGCUAAAGAAAGAGAUUGAGGGCCUGAGAAAAAAAGUGCAAGAAGCUGAGAAAGUCAAGGAACUUUCAGAUAUGCUGCAAGAAAGCCACAGGUCCCUGGUGGCUACAAACGAGUGUUUGUUAGCGGAGCUGAAGGGAAGUGGGGAACAUUAACAUGGAAUUUGAACAAAGAGAUGCACACCACGAUAAAAUCUCAAAGCAGAACUAUGCCAAGCAUCAUAUUAGCAUGGGUCAGCUGCAUCUUCAUCUGCUUUGCACGCUGCAGUGGAAUGAAUGCAUCUAGAUUCCAGCUGCACUGUGACUUUAUUUAUACCUCUGCCUUCGGGCUGGAAAGAUGCGCGGGCAGACAUGCACUUUCCUCUCGCUAAUACUAAAACAAGCCCCGGCGAAUCGGGUUAGAGCACGGAUGCAACACAAACUGAACGCAGCUUUUUGUUUUUAUGCAAAUGUUACAGGUCGCUAGUUGGUGCUACUCGUGGGGAGCGAUCUCCACAGUGUAUUUGCAAAAAAAAAAAAACCCCAAAAAACAAGAAAAUGACACGUUUUAACAGACACCCUAUAAUCUAUUCAGCAGAGGUUCUGGGGGUAGGAGGGGUGUUUUUCUUUUUUUAUUAUUAUUAUUUUUCAGUAAUGCACUACAAAUCAUGAACACACUUUAAGAGAUCUAAAGAACAAAAAGAGAAAACACUGCAUGCACUGGGGCACAAUAGUACAUUUAAAAGUUAUUUGAAGAAGAAAAAAAAAAAAGACAAUAUCGUUUCUCCACAUUAAAGGUGCACAGUAUUUGGCGUUAAGCACAGAAAACAGAUCAUACUCAAGCUACUGCAGCAGACAAAGAACACACUGACAGCUGCUAGUUUUGCACUUGAUGCAUGAGUCUUCAUCAGCUGAAGCUACCAGGUAGUGUGUGACAUGAAACUGUCAUUAUCCUGGAAAAAUAUUCUAGAAAAGUAGAUUACUUGUUUGCAAUUUUCCCUUUAUCUGAUACAGUGUGUAAGGAAACAUUAAAACCCUGCAUUUUUCAAUUAAAUCUGUGCCUUGGAUGACAGCACACAAAGAUUCAACAAAUAUUUAGAGCAUUAGCUGACUUUGUACACGUACAAGUUCAUACAUAUUGAUUUCAAGCAAUACAAGAUUUUAUCAUCUCACAAUUUCAUUACUUAAUUAUUAUUUUUUUUUUAGCAACAAAACAUUGAAGUCCGUCCAGUAGUUUGUCCUCACAGCAGACAGCAGUUCCAAUAUGAAAUGACAAACUCCUAAUGUCAUCUAUAUGCUUCUGAAUCAAAUGCAAUAUACAUAACAUGCACAAAGUACAGCAAUACAUAAGAAAUAAAAAUUUUUUUAAAACUUGAAA